GGAAUGAAAGCCUCGUGGGCGGAGUAGCGACAAACGUGAGGUCCUCCUAGCAAGAGCUUCCAGGACCUCACCGUUUCCUAUCCGUGCCCACAUGCUGGAUCAGGGAAAAAGAUUGCCAAAUUGUUAGGAAGCUGAUGUGAAACAUGAAGAAAGAAAUUGCUGCCGUGGUUUUCUUCCUGAAGAGGCUCAUUAAAAAGGGGGAAAAGUUGGAUUCUGCUCAAAUUGAGAAAGUGGUCGAGAGGCUGGCGGCUGGACUGCAGGAGAAAUUCAGAGGGCACUGGUACCCAGAGAACCCCAGUCAGGGCCAAGCAUUCAGAUGCAUCAGAGUGAAUCAGUUCCAGAUGCAUGAUCCAGUGUUGUUGCGGGCCUGCCAGGAGAGUGAGGUUAAGUACUCUGACUUGAGCUUGCCCAGAGAACUCACUUUGUGGAUGGAUCCUGGAGAGGUGUGUUGUAGGUACGGUGAGACAAACCCCUAUUUCUCAGUGGCCAGUUUCUCUGAGGGAGAGGCAGAUGAGAAGGAGGUCGCAAGGAAGGUGACCAGCGCCUUGGAGAGGGUGACAUCGGACUACAGCUCUGGCUCCUCCUCUGACGAAGACUGUACACUGAGGGAGACCCCGGGCUCAUCAGCCCUCACCAUAGCCCUCGACUGCACCACACAUCAGGUGAUGAACCCAAAUGCUCCGACGUGGAACCCCAAGAAAAAGAUGGCGGUGGGUAAGGGUCACCCACCUGUUCGGCCUCACUACAGCGUCCGACCCCAUGGCCGACUCCAGCACCCCUUAAGGCACAACGUUUGGGUUCCAGAGGUCUACCGAGCAGCGCAUGGAUACUGGGGCGGCAUGCACAACAUGGCGCACUCUUACGGCUAGUGAGUGUGGAGAUUUUAAGAAGGGAGAAUCUUGACUAUCUUUUAGGGAGUAACAUCAAACUAGAGGAUUGACCAAAUUAUUUUAAUAAAUUAUUCUAGAUGAUCUGAUGAUAGAUGAUCUUUGAUCUGUAUUAACUGUUUUCUGCACUUUGGAACAUUUAUAAUAGUUAGAACUAGUGCUGGGCAACAAUUCAAUAGUAUUGUUUAUCUUUGUUUGGUGUUGUAUUGUCACAAAAUUAAGAUAUCGAAUCAUGAUACCCAGUUUUAGCGUCUAAAUGAAUUAGGAUGAGAAGAUAUGCCUUUAAAAUGAUCCACUAUGAGGUUUGAAGUGUCGGAGACAAGGGAAAACGUCAUGGAGAAAAGAAAACUAGUUUUACACUGAUGCCAUACUUUACAUAGCCAUAUAUCUUUUUUGAAUUCUUAAGCAUAUCGUGAUUUUUAUUGAUAUGGUGUUAAAAACCUACAAUAGUUGGGAUAAUGAAUGUUUGUUUAUUGCCAGCCCUAGAUUGAAUAUUAAAAUAAACAUGUUAGGUGUAUUUAAAGGCUAGUAGGUGGUGAGUCAAUUUUCUUUAUGGGUGAAUUUUGUACAUGCUUCCGUCCUUUUUGAGUCACCUAUUAUUUAUUCAGUGUAGGCUAAUAAAAUGUAUAGACUUUUUAAAAGGAUACUAUAUUUACUUGUUUCCAUGUAUCAAUAAAACAUUUCUAUCGUUCAA